AAAUUUGGAUAACUUAAAUAACUAGAAACUUUGCUGUUUCGCUCGCGCUCUGUGCUUGCGUGUGCGUGCGUGUGUGUGCCUGUGUGUGUAAAGGCCAAAAAGCCCCCUCCUUGUCCCGCGCCACGCCCCCUGUGGCGGGCAGCAGAAUAAAUUGGUUGCAAACACAACAACAACAAAGUAUCCUCCUUUUAGAAUUUACCUGUGAAAGUGAAAACGUGACAACACGAUAAAAACGAACGAGCCAAGCAAAACAAAAAACGAGUGCAUAAAAAAAACACACACACACAACGAAGCAAACGAAUACGAAGAGGAGCAGGAGCAGAAGGCAAGGAAGAAGAACAAGUGCAGCGACAAAAUAAAGAAGAAAAAAAAAAACAAAUAAUCAACGAAGGAAGUGCUUGAAAAACAAGAACAAAACAACAGAAACUAAAUUGACAGACUUGAAAGAGCCGCCAUAUUCCUCGAUUUGAUUUGAUCACACAGCUAUGCCCUUGCAGUGUUCGUGCUAAAUCGUUUACUAUAAUGAAUUCCGCGCGGCAUCAUCGUAUUGGAGUGUUUCUGUCUCCAUAAGUUGGCCCACCAGUCACGACGUCACACUAAAUCUAAACAAUAAGAUAACCAAGAAAACGCAAUUUGAACAAGGCUCGCAAAUUGAAGCCCACACAACGGAAACGGAAGGCAACGCUCUGCAAAAUAAAAGUCAUCUAGUCAAACGGAAACAUCGAAGGAAACGCAUCGUCAUCAACACAACAGCUGCCCCAAAAUCCGAACCUACACCCAGAUCAAAACUUGACAACCGGAAGGGGAUCCCAAGGAGUGACCGCAAAGCUGGCUAAGAAGAUGCCAUACCAUCGUGGAGGAGAUGCCUCCUCGCAGGCCGACAAGUUGAGCGGCAUCGUGGAGGAGAGUGACCUCUAUGAGGGAUUUGCUCCACACGUGGAGACAUCGGGAAUCAAGACCCUUGACUUUUACAAUCUACCAAAGCCCACUGGCAAAGAGCCGGCACUGCGCUCCUAUACCGAAAUCCAACAGCUGCUGCAGCAGGGCAAGAAACGUGACGUUAAGAAUAUACUCAGGGAGAACUCGUGGCCAAUAAACUCCCCAAUCCGAUCCCAGCUAUGGCCAAUGCUAUGUGGCCAACACCAGACCAAGGAGCACAUGCUCGAUGGCUUCUACUGGGAGAUGGUUCAUCAGGUCUUUGGCACCACGGAGUUGUCGGAGAAGCCCAUUAUGCUGCCCGCCUUUGUGGAUGCCACACAUUGUUUGCCGUAUCACCUGACCAGCACCGGCAGAGCCGUGGCCGAUCGCAUCGUGAAUGUCCUGGGCUACGAUUGCCCCGAUAUUACCUACAGUCCAGUAUUGUAUCCCAUUACAUCGAUACUAUUGCAUUUCAUGUCGGAGGAGGAGGCGUAUGUGUGCCUGGCCGGUCUGGUGGGCAGCAAGGAGAAGGUAUUCAUCAAUCAAACCAAACUACAGCACGAGGUCACCUGGAAGACGGUGAUGCUAGCCAAAAAGCACACGAAAAGUGCAACUUCGUAUUUCCAACGUAUUUGCCCGGGCCUGAAGCUGGAGCGUGUCUUCAUGGACUGGUGCUGGUGGAUUCUAGCCGGUCUUCCCUUCCAGCAUCUGGUACGGAUCAUGGACUGCUAUUUCCACGAGGGCAUCAAGGUCCUGUAUCGCGUGGCCCUCGUCAUACUCAAUCUGUUUCACAAGGAGUGUCAGUCGAACAACGAAUGGAGUCCGGAUAAUAUUAAAAAUGACAUUGGCAAUGCGUUGAUUAAGUUCUGCAAGAAGAUACCAGUGUCGCCGGCGAAGUUGCUCCAUGCCGCCUUUAGUAUUAGGGGACUGAGUACCCAGUAUAUUUCUAGAAUAUUUAUCAAGACUGAAAUGCUACUAAAAAGCCGUUCCGUGCUCACCAGCGGUUCGAAGCAAUUAAUCAAAUCGCGUUCAAGUGAUAAUCUGCCCACUAGUCAGUCGCAGGUCAACAUUCAGAUGAUGUCGCACACCCUGACCAUCCGAGAGAAGCUGCACUCCGAGAGCUGUCGCAAUUUGGGCGAAAAGUCGCCCGGUCAUAGAGCCAUCGCGAUGGGCGUUUAUCCCAUACACAAUCUGAAAAGUCAAGCUUGUAAGAACGAAGAUCUAUUCACGCUGUGGUCCUGGCUGCCCGUGAGGAUAACAAUGUACCAACCGGUGCUGCUGUAUACCACGGAGGAGCAUGGCUGCUCCCUGACCACCUUCUACGUCCGGGUGGAGCAGCAUGAGCCCACGCUGCUCAUGAUCAAGACGUGCAAUAAUGAGGUAUUUGGCGCCUAUUGCUCCUCGCGCUGGUUUGAAAGGAAUGUCAAAGAUGACAAGGGCCAGCGACAGGCCUACUUUGGCACCGGCGAAACAUUUUUGUUCUCUUUGUAUCCGGAGCGAGCCAAAUAUCCCUGGGUGGGCAUUGAGGGCGACAAGGAUCUGGGCCACAGUUCCGAGCUGUUUAUGGCGGCCGACUCCAAGAUGAUCACCAUUGGUGGCGGCGAGGGUCAGGCCAUCUGGAUGGAUGAGAAUAUAAGAUUUGGCAAGACGGACAGCUGCAAGACCUUCAAUAAUCCGCCCCUGUGUCCGUCGGGAGAUUUCGAGAUCCGUGUACUGGAGGUCUAUGGCUUUGUGGGCAUCUAA